CGACGCACAAGCUCCAACCAAGCCGGUCCACUUGAUUCCUAACGAUCCGCUAAAUUUAAAUUCGCGAAUAUGCUAAAGUUCCUCGGCCUGCUGCUCUUAGUCAGCUGUGUGUUACUUGUUCGUGGAGGUGUUAUAGAAAUGGAAAUAGAAGUUCCCAAUGAGGUAACCGUGGGUCCUGAGGAUGUCUCUAAAGACUCAGAGGAAGUACAUUCACCCGGCAACAAAGGAAGCAACUCAACCCUGAAGCUGGUUCAUGUGCUAUUUCGUCAUGGACCCCGAACACCCGUCAACACUUACCCCAAAGAUCCGUAUAUCAACGAAACCUAUGAGCCCUAUGGAUGGGGAGCAUUAACCAACGGUGCCAAAGUGGAGCUAUAUAAAAUAGGCAAACAACUGCGUAAGCGCUAUAAAGAUUUCCUGCCGUCCUAUUAUCAGCCCGAGACGAUCCGUGCCCAAUCUUCGGAGUCGCCGCGCACCUUGAUGUCCCUUCAAAUGGUUCUGGCCGGACUCUUUCCGCCGGAGAACACUCCCAUGGAGUGGAACAUGAUGCUCAACUGGCAGCCCAUCCCCAUUGUGAUGGAACCAGAGGAAACUGAUGUGCGCAUUCGAAUGAAGGCACCCUGCCCUCGUUAUGAUGAAGCUGUCCUGGAGGUGAUAAACCUUCCCGAGGUUAAGCAGCUGCAUGCCGAGAACUCUGAUUUGCUGAAGGAACUGACCAAUCUCACCGGACUCAAUGUUACCCAUGCCCAUGAUGUUACCAAUAUUUUCAUCUCACUGCUGUCAGAGCAAACUUAUGGCCUGGAGUUGCCCUCCUGGACCAAGGACUACUAUCCGGAGAAGAUGUUACCCUUGGCGGCCAAGUCUUAUGUCUACGAUGCUUACACGGCUGAGUUGCGAAAAAUGAAAGGAGGCUUUUUCGUAGAGAUGCUCAUAAAGCAAAUGCAGGACAAGAUCUCUGGGAAAUUGCAGCCCCAGAACCGCAAGAUGUUCCUUUCUUGCGGGCAUGACUGGACCAUCACAAAUGUUCUAUCCGCCUUGAAUGUUUGGGAAGCUCAGAUGCCUCGGUUCUCGGCUCUAAUUGCCUUUGAGUUGCAUCAGAAGUCAGAUACGGGAGAGUAUUACCUGGAGAUCUUCUUCCAAAACGAUCCCGAGAAGGAACCAGAGCAACUUCAGAUUCCUGGCUGUGAUAAGCAAUGUCCCAUCGAAAAGUUAUUGGAGCUCACAAAGGACAUAAUUCCGGAUGCUUCCUACGCAGAUUUGUGCAAAGCUAAAGGAACACUAGAGGGGGCUAAGAUUAGCUAUCAUUAGUAUGCACAUUCCGAGUAUAUAAUCUAAAUUGCAGUAUUAAUGUUACAUAAUAACUAAAUAUAUAUUUACAUACCACUGUCGAA